GUGUGCGUGGGUGUGCAUGCACGUGUGCGUAUGUGGCACGAUACUCAGUCUCCAAAGCCACAGUCCUUUAUCAGCCGCUGCACUUCUGCUCUUUCUGCGAACUGCGUACAGCGUGUGUCUGUAGUCAGGAGUGUGCGUGGGUGUGCAUGCACGUGUGCGUAUGUGGCACGAUACUCAGCAUGGCUUUUUGUGGUCAUCACUAUGACUGAUGGAGAUUAUGACUACCUUAUAAAGCUCCUUGCCCUGGGGGACUCUGGUGUGGGGAAGACCACCUUCCUGUACCGAUACACAGACAACAAGUUCAACCCCAAGUUCAUCACCACAGUCGGCAUCGACUUCAGGGAAAAAAGAGUGGUGUACACAUCAUCCAACACCAAUGGAACAGCCACAGGGAAAACCUUCAAGGUUCACCUUCAGCUCUGGGACACAGCUGGACAGGAGAGCCAGCAGAGCUUCCUCAAUGUUAGAAACUGGAUGAGUCAGCUACAGGCCAACGCUUACUGUGAGAGCCCAGAUAUCGUGUUGGUAGGAAACAAGGUGGACCUGGCCGACCAGCGGGAAGUUCAGGAGAAACAGGCCAAGGAGCUGGCUGAUAAAUACGGGAUCCCAUACUUUGAGACAAGUGCAGCAACAGGAGCGGAGGUGGACAAGGCGGUGAUAACGCUGCUGGACCUGGUCAUGAAGAGGAUGGAGCAGUGCGUUGACAAACCGCCUGCUGAUCCAGCCAGUGGGAACGGAACCACAAAGCUUAGUGAUGCACAGCCCGGCGAGAAGAAAUGUGCAUGUUAGAUCAAGAGGCGACUGAGGAAACGACCAGUCAGCUCUGCUGUCAUUUUCUACUCAGCACAUUCUCUCCCUCUUCUGCUUUCUCCUUCUCUGUCAAAUUUGAUUGCAUGUUCCAUCUUCUUUACUUCACUCCCUUUUUCUAAAACUAACCUUUAACAUUUUUCUUUUCCUUCCUAUAUUCUUUCUUCUUUUCCCUGUCUUCCCUGGCAAUGACACAACUCUACCCCCCUCUAGUGGAUAUUCAAGGUAAGACAGUCUCAGCCUGUCUGCCUUUGAGCUCUGUUUAGGAAGAAAUGGGAGGAAAUGAAAAUAGGAGACAGUUUCAUCACUGUCAGACACAUGCUGUGCCUCGAUUAAAACAUGCAGCCUGGGAAUUAAACUCUGCAUGGUCCAACUUUAUCUGCUCACAAGUGGUUUCAAUGAUUUAAAUGGCCCUAAACUGACAAAAAAAGAUGUUUAAACGUCAAUUUGAGCUUUUUAAAAACUGAUCUGUUGAGCACUUCAGAAAUGAAAAAAGGUUGUACUUCAUGUUUAGGCUGUCAAGCUGUUUGGGUCAUAAUGAGGUUAUGUAUCUGUGUAAACUAAGUCGGGGUCCUUUCCUAAAACUCUUCCUCCUGGACCAGGCUGAGCAACUGGGUGACUAAUGUGUUUUUAUUGUAAGUUUUUCACACUGUGUUCUAUGCUGUACCUCUACAGUAAGUUUUUGGUGUUAAGAGCAAUUUUAUCUGGUUUACAGAUGCUAAAAGUGCAUGUUGGAGCUCUUCAGCACCUGGGAGGGGCUGUUUACGGUUUGUUGUGUAGUAAUUGCGUUUAACCAUACAGCUUGUCUGUCAGCUGUGAUGACUUUUUCUGAAUCAUCAGUGAUUUGCUUUUGUUUGGUCACAGUAACAUACCCUUGUUAUCAGCGAACACAUUUAAGAUACGUGUUGACAUCUUAAUCCACCAUGAAUUGUGCACAUAAAUAUUAGACCUAUUUUAAACUUUGGUUUUAUAGUAAACAAAAAUACACAGACUGCCCCCACCACAAAGAGUGCUUUAUUUUUCAUAAGCAAACUGGUCAGAGUAUGUGCUUUUGCUUUUGGCCACUUAUUCCCAUAUUGUGCCAAAACACUUGUUAAAUUGAACCUUUGACACUAGCGUCACCUUGUAGUUAUCAGAAACAUGUAAACCCGCUGACUACACAGAACUGUCAUAAUACAGCUAACCAUUGCUGACUUCAUGUUUGCACAGUGAUCAAUUAGCAGGUAAUGUAACUAGCUAGCAGCUAACAAGCUAAUAUUGAGUGUUAGCCACUGCUAAAAUAAAUUGGCAUGUGGCACAAAAGCAGUUGAUGUGUUAUCACUAAACCUUUUCAUAUCAUUCUUCUCACCACUGGCUGCUGUGCCUGUUGAGUCAUUGCUUUCUAUGGGAUUACUUGACUGUGAAGCAGCGCUCAUCCAUCUGUCUCUGAAUUUUGAUACCAAAACAAUGGCAUGUUGUAAAUUUGGCCAACAUGACCUGCCCAGCUGUUCGUACACGACUGUCAUACGAUUUAUUAAAUAUAGCAGCUUUUGGAAUUUGGUUCUUUUUACACUACAUAAGACACUUGUUCAUGUCAUUUUUCUAAUUGUAUGUAUUGUUUCUGUUUCCCAGCCCUACACAACUUUGAAAAGUCAACACAGCAACAGCCUCCAAAUUGCUAGCUCAGCUAGCUCUCUGUUAGCAGCCCAGUUGGUUAUGGUGUGCUUUUGUACUGCUAACUCUCCGUUGGUCUGUCCUUCAUAAUGUUUUUAGAUUUGCAGAUGUUAUGCUGUUUACAUUCUAGGACGAAUAAGGGUACAGCAUAACACAAGUGCAAUGGAGGAAAAAGCCAACAUUGUGUAUUAUUAAUAGAGUCCUAGACCAGCUUAAACAUAAUGUUCCAAUGGAUCUACUGCCUUCUUGUAAAGCGUUGUCACCGUGACUUACCAACAUUUAACUGAAAACUAAAUUGUGAUUAAAAAAGGGUGUUUUACAGAUUGGAUGUAUGAGUCAGUACAGAUGUACAGAGAAAAAUGAUGAGGGCAUAAUCAUAUCUAAUCAGGAAGAUUAGGUUUAUUUUCUAUCAUGA